AUGGCGAAGGUGGCGAGCGUUGUUCACGCCGAUGAUGAUGUUGCAGCCGAGAUAGAUCAGCAGAUCGAGGCAUCGGUGCUGCGCACUGCAGAGAUGUUCGCACUGACCAAGCGCAGCGCCGCGUCGGCCUACGACUACGCGCCCAGCAAAAAAGUGCGUGUACGUACCAAACUGAACGACACGUACCUUUUCGAAUUUCCCAGCGCGCUGCUGGAGUUCAAGGCCGUGGCUGAAGCCGUAGACUCGACACCACCGCCCAUCGCCGCCGCUACUCGCAUUGCUCCUGGCCCUGCCCCAGCAGCUCAAGCUGAUGUGGUCAUGGGAGGCCACCCAUUACCGUCGGUGCCUGAUGUUUCAACUGCAAUUGAGGACACUACUGCAGCAGAGAAGCCUUCGUUCGUGGAUCAAGUGGCGAAAGAGGCUGAGGAAGAGCUGGCACUUAAGAAGAGGAAGCUUGUGGCGUCAAACGUCGACAGAGAGGCCUCCUCGGCGGUUGUAGAGUACAAGAAGCAAACAGCGACAGCGGCUCAGUUCGGAUCGAGCGUCAUUGUCCGUCGUCGUGCAACACAGGUGCCCAAACCCAAGUGGCACGCUCCGUGGAAGCUCAAACGCGUGAUUGCUGGACACCUUGGAUGGGUGCGCUCGAUCUCCGUGGACCCUACCAAUGACUGGUUUGUUACGGGCUCGGCUGAUCGAACUAUCAAGGUUUGGGACUUGGCCUCGGGGCAGCUGAAGCUCACGCUUACAGGUCACAUCAACGCUAUCCGUGGAUUAGAGGUGAGCCCACGUCAUCCAUACCUCUUCUCUGCUGGAGAAGACAAAAAGGUGCUGUGCUGGGAUCUCGAGUACAACAAGGUGAUCCGGAGCUAUCACGGACACCUGUCGGGUGUCUUCUCAUUGAAGGUGCAUCCCACGCUGGAUAUCCUCGUCACUGGUGGUCGCGAUGCCGUCGCCCGAGUCUGGGAUAUGCGAACGAAGAACCAGAUCCACGUGCUUUCUGGGCACCAGGGGACUGUGUGGGCCAUGGAGACGCAAGCAACGGAUCCGCAGAUUAUUACGGGCUCCAGUGAUAGUACAGUCAAGUUGUGGGAUCUUGCGGCUGGCAAGGUGAUGACAACGCUGACUAACCACAAGAAGGCAGUUCGUGCUGUCACGAAGUCUCCUACCGACCACACGUUCAUGUCGGGCGCCGCAGACAACAUGAAAAAGUGGGAGGCGAAGGAAGGUCGCUUCCUGCGCAACUUUUCGACGCACAACGCCAUCAUCAACUCGAUCUCGAUUAAUCAGGACGGCGUGAUGGCAUCGUGUGGAGACAACGGGUCGAUGCGCUUUUGGGACUACCAGACGGGCUAUUGCUUCCAGAGCGACUCGACGAAGGCACAGCCCGGAUCUCUGGACAGUGAGACAGGCAUUUAUGCAUCCGCAUUCGACAAGACAGGCCUCCGAUUCAUCACGUGCGAGGCGGACAAGACCAUCAAGGUAUGGCAGGAGGACAGUUCCGCGUCGGAGGAAUCGCAUCCGAUUGACAUGGCUGAAUGGACCAAGGACUUUACAGCCCCGAAGCGAUAUUAAGACACUGGCU